AUGGAUAUGCCGCAUGGCGGGUACAUGUCCAACUACAGCCUUCCACCACCACCUGGCUCGUCCUUGGAGAUGAGGCCAUCGCAGGACUCGGCCAUGUCCUUGAAGGAUCGCAAAGAUUCUCUGUCUCAAGCAAGUCUGAAAAUAAAACGGUCGCUGUCCACUCCUAAUGUUAGAUCCCAGCCGAACGUACCCGAUCACCUCUCCAUGGGGAUGCCUGGCGAGAAGCGAAGAAACAAGCUGGGUUAUCAUAGAACCUCGGUUGCAUGCGGUCAUUGCCGGCGAAGGAAAAUCCGAUGCAUCCCCUCGCCUGCAGACAUCCAGGGUCAUACUCGGUCCAAGGGCUCUUCGAGGGCAUCGACGGGUCCCAAGAUUGCCUCGGCCUCGUCCUCACCCGCCAUCUCCAGCGGCCACCCCAACGAUUUAGCAGGCCAUCAGCCAUACCCGCCUCUUGCCAUGCCCCCGCUUCAGAACAUGGCACCUCCCGCGAUGAAGUCUGCAGGACCCGAGCCCUUCUCCCCAGACGGAAAGAUGCCAACAAGCGCGCCUGCGACGGGGCGUCCUUUCGACUUUGCCGCGCAACCGAUGGCGAACUGGAUGUCGGCAGAUCAGAGCCCCAGCUCGGCAACCAAGCCGAACGAUCUGAACGCGACUUGGAGGACGUAUCCUCAUGAAUCACCAAUCACGCCAUCAUUUUCUCCAUAUACGCCCCACGCGCCUCCGUCCGCGGGAUGGAAUGCUCCGGUGACGAGCGAGUCGGCGCCUCGGGACGAGGUCUCUUGGUCUUCGUAUCCAGCACCUCCACCACGCUCUAUAUCGUUCAGCGGCGACGGAAUGGGCGUGCAGGGAUCAGGGCAAUAUCCUACAAUGGCAAGUAGGCAGUUCGACCGGAAACCUUCGACGGUCUCAUCGGAGAUGUAUCCACCCCCAAUCGCGACCACGGUGUCGGGCGUGGAGCCCACGCAAACGGGAACGGCGAUUGAACACAAUGUAUCGCUGUCAGCCGGAGCCGUACCGCCCUCGAACUAUGGAAACUGGCAACCGCAGUAUCACUAUGGAAAGACAGGCGAUGCCUAUGGGGGCUGGGGCUAUGGCGAAAACGGAUCGAACCCUCCAGGCCAGCCCGAGCAAGUCCAUGCUCCCGAAGGUCAACAAGCCUCUGGGGGCAUGUACUACCCUCCUCGGUGA